AUGGAAAUCCAGGUAUCAGUGGACAUGAUGAAGCACCUGCUAUACGCAGUGCACCGGGCCAGAUUCAUUCAUUCGACAGUUCCUAUCGAGCACCCUCUAUGUGCUGGAGAUACGGUGACUCACCAGAUGGUCGCCCUCCCUUGUCGUCAGUGCUGGCCUUGAAGAUGACAGAUGGAAAUGCUGGCCUAGGCUGCCCUCUUGUAGGUCACGGCCGGUGCUUACUAUGUGACCAGUGCUGUUCUAAAUACCGUAUGUACGUGUAUUAACUCAUUGCAUGCUCACAGAGAUCCCUACAUGGAGUAGGUGCAGUUAUUAUCUGUACUUACAGAGAAGAAAACAGAAGCACAGAAGAGAGCAUUAUUUGUCCAAGUCACAUAGCUGGUGAUUGGAACCAGAUAGCCUGGCUUUAGAGUCUGUGUCCUUCACUGCCGCUAUCAACCAAUGUGAAAGGAAAAUAAUCAACUUGGGACACAAAGUUGCACGCCCUCUGAGAGAGGCGGGGAUAGAAUACCAUGGGCCUUCCCAGCAGGGAGAGAUGGGCUUAGGGGAGAAACAGAGUAAGGUGGGAACCCUACCCUUUUCCCAUUCUGACAGGUGACAUCCCCGCUGGGGGGAUGGAGGAAAUGUUUGGCUACUGAAGAGGCUACUCUGGCCAGAAGUAGACAAAAGAAGCAACUGUCUCGCAGCCAGGAGACUUGGAUGCUAGUUUUGAUUGAUCCGGACAAGUCCGGGGCCCUGCCCAGGGCCUCUGUUUUCCCAUCUCUAAAAUAGGUGGCUUGGACAACAUUCUGUUUGACCUCAGGAGCCCAGGAUUUCAGCAGAGAGGGGAGGAGCUGGCUCUCUGUGCACUCUGAACAGGGUUUCUUGACCAGAAGAAGAUGUUUGGCUCUGAGAGAUGUGGGGGCAGGCACUGGACUUCCCAGAAGGCCUUGGCAGCUGUGAAAGGAUGUAUGCAUUCCACUGUGGUCCCACCCCGAAUGCUGACGUUGGCUGUGUCUGCAUUCCUUUCUUUGUAGGCAGGAUGGCAGUGUCUGUGUGUCUGGAGCUCACACUAUAAGGUGAUUGUAAGUCAGGAGACUUUCCUUCGGUUUCUGCCUUUGAUGGCAAGAGGUGGAGAUGUCUGUGGCGGCGAUUACAGAAAACAUCUGGGAAGACAAGCUGCUGUUUUUAUGGGAAUCGCAGGCUUGGAAGAGACAGAAGCAAUUCCAGAAAGAAAUUGGAAAUUGAAGAUUUAAACAAUGUUGUUUUAAAAUAUUCUAACUUCAAAGAACGAUGCCAGAAACUUAAAAAGGGGCUGCGCAGAGUAGCAGGGGCCCUGGAGGGCGGGGCCUGAAUCCUGAUUGCCCUUCUGCUGGGAGGACACACGCAGCUGAAGAUGAAUUUGGGGAAAGUAGCCGCUUGCUACUUUAACUAUGGAAGAGCAGGGCCACAGUGAGAUGGAAAUAAUCCCAUCAGAGUCUCACCCCCACAUUCAAUUACUGAAAAGCAAUCGGGAACUUCUGGUCACUCACAUCCGCAACACUCAGUGUCUGGUGGACAACUUGCUGAAGAAUGACUACUUCUCGGCCGAAGAUGCGGAGAUUGUGUGUGCCUGCCCCACCCAGCCCGACAAGGUCCGCAAAAUUCUGGACCUGGUACAGAGCAAGGGCGAGGAGGUGUCCGAGUUCUUCCUCUACUUGCUCCAGCAACUUGCAGAUGCCUACGUGGACCUCAGGCCUUGGCUGCUGGAGAUCGGCUUCUCCCCUUCCCUGCUCACUCAGAGCAAAGUCGUGGUCAACACUGACCCAGUGAGCAGGUAUACCCAGCAGCUGCGACACCAUCUGGGCCGUGACUCCAAGUUCGUGCUGUGCUAUGCCCAGAAGGAGGAGCUGCUGCUGGAGGAGAUCUACAUGGACACCAUCAUGGAGCUGGUUGGCUUCAGCAAUGAGAGCCUGGGCAGCCUGAACAGCCUGGCCUGCCUCCUGGACCACACCACCGGCAUCCUCAAUGAGCAGGGUGAGACCAUCUUCAUCCUGGGUGAUGCUGGGGUGGGCAAGUCCAUGCUGCUGCAGCGGCUGCAGAGCCUCUGGGCCACGGGCCGGCUAGACACAGGGGUCAAAUUCUUCUUCCACUUUCGCUGCCGCAUGUUCAGCUGCUUCAAGGAAAGUGACAGGCUGUGUCUACAGGACCUGCUCUUCAAGCACUACUGCUACCCAGAGCGGGACCCCGAGGAGGUGUUUGCCUUCCUGCUGCGCUUCCCCCAUGUGGCCCUCUUCACCUUCGAUGGCCUGGACGAGCUGCACUCGGACUUGGACCUGAGCCGUGUGCCUGACAGCUCCUGCCCCUGGGAGCCUGCCCACCCCCUGGUCUUGCUGGCCAACCUGCUCAGUGGGAAGCUGCUCAAGGGGGCUAGCAAGCUGCUCACGGCCCGCACAGGCAUCGAGGUCCCGCGCCAGUUCCUGCGGAAGAAGGUGCUUCUCCGGGGCUUCUCCCCCAGCCACCUGCGCGCCUAUGCCAGGAGGAUGUUCCCCGAGCGGGCCCUGCAGGACCGCCUGCUGAGCCAGCUGGAGGCCAACCCCAACCUCUGCAGCCUGUGCUCUGUGCCCCUCUUCUGCUGGAUCAUCUUCCGGUGCUUCCAGCACUUCCGUGCUGCCUUUGAAGGCUCACCACAGCUGCCCGACUGCACGAUGACCCUGACAGAUGUCUUCCUCCUGGUCACCGAGGUCCAUCUGAACAGGAUGCAGCCCAGCAGCCUGGUGCAGCGGAACACACGCAGCCCAGUGGAGACCCUCCACGCCGGCCGGGACACUCUGUGCUCGCUGGGGCAGGUGGCCCACCGGGGCAUGGAGAAGAGCCUCUUUGUCUUCACCCAGGAGGAGGUGCAGGCCUCCGGGCUGCAGGAGAGAGACAUGCAGCUGGGCUUCCUGCGGGCUUUGCCAGAGCUGGGCCCCGGGGGUGACCAGCAGUCCUAUGAGUUUUUCCACCUCACCCUCCAGGCCUUCUUUACAGCCUUCUUCCUCGUGCUGGACGACAGGGUGGGCACUCAGGAGCUGCUCAGGUUCUUCCAGGAAUGGAUGCCCCCUGCGGGGGCAGCGACCACGUCCUGCUAUCCUCCCUUCCUCCCGUUCCAGUGCCUGCAGGGCAGUGGUCCGGCGCGGGAAGACCUCUUCAAGAACAAGGAUCACUUCCAGUUCACCAACCUCUUCCUGUGCGGGCUGUUGUCCAAAGCCAAACAGAAACUCCUGCGGCACCUGGUGCCCGCGGCGGCCCUGAGGAGGAAGCGCAAGGCCCUGUGGGCACACCUGUUUUCCAGCCUGCGGGGCUACCUGAAGAGCCUGCCCCGCGUUCAGGUCGAAAGCUUCAACCAGGUGCAGGCCAUGCCCACGUUCAUCUGGAUGCUGCGCUGCAUCUACGAGACACAGAGCCAGAAGGUGGGGCAGCUGGCGGCCAGGGGCAUCUGCGCCAACUACCUCAAGCUGACCUACUGCAACGCCUGCUCGGCCGACUGCAGCGCCCUCUCCUUCGUCCUGCAUCACUUCCCCAAGCGGCUGGCCCUAGACCUAGACAACAACAAUCUCAACGACUACGGCGUGCGGGAGCUGCAGCCCUGCUUCAGCCGCCUCACUGUUCUCAGACUCAGCGUAAACCAGAUCACUGACGGUGGGGUAAAGGUGCUAAGUGAAGAGCUGACCAAAUACAAAAUUGUGACCUAUUUGGGUUUAUACAACAACCAGAUCACCGAUGUCGGAGCCAGGUACGUCACCAAAAUCCUGGAUGAAUGCAAAGGCCUCACGCAUCUUAAACUGGGAAAAAACAAAAUAACGAGUGAAGGAGGGAAGUAUCUCGCCCUGGCUGUGAAGAACAGCAAAUCAAUCUCUGAGGUUGGGAUGUGGGGCAAUCAAGUUGGGGAUGAAGGAGCAAAAGCCUUCGCAGAGGCUCUGCGGAACCACCCCAGCUUGACCACCCUGAGUCUUGCGUCCAACGGCAUCUCCACAGAAGGAGGAAAGAGCCUUGCGAGGGCCCUGCAGCAGAACACGUCUCUAGAAAUACUGUGGCUGACCCAAAAUGAACUCAACGAUGAAGUGGCAGAGAGUUUGGCAGAAAUGUUGAAAGUCAACCAGACGUUAAAGCAUUUAUGGCUUAUCCAGAAUCAGAUCACAGCUAAGGGGACUGCCCAGCUGGCAGAUGCGUUACAGAGCAACACUGGCAUAACAGAGAUUUGCCUAAAUGGAAACCUGAUAAAACCAGAGGAGGCCAAAGUCUAUGAAGAUGAGAAGCGGAUUAUCUGUUUCUGAGAGGAUGCUUUCCUGUGCAUGGGGUUUUUGCCCUGCAGCCUCAGCAGCAAAUGCCACUCUGGGCAGUCUUUUGUGUCAGUGUCUUAAAGGGGCCUGCGCAGGCGGGACUAUCAGGAGUCCACUGCCUCCAUGAUGCAAGCCAGCUUCCUGUGCAGAAGGUCUGGUCGGCAAACUCCCCAAGUACCCGCUACAAUUCUGCAGAAAAAGAAUGUGUCUUGUGAGCUGUUGUAGUUACAGUAAAUACACUGUGAAGAGACUUUAUUGCCUAUUAUAAUUAUUUUUAUCUGAAGCUAGAGGAAUAAAGCUGUGAGCAAACAGAGGAGGCCAGCCUCAACUCAUUCCAACACCUGCCAUAGGGACCAACGGGAGCGAGUUGGUCACUGCUGUUUUCAUUGAAGAGUUGAGGAUGUGGCACAAAGUUGGUGCCAAGCUUCUUGAAUAAAACGUGUUUGAUGGAUUAGUAUUAUACCUGAAAUAUUUUCUUCCUUCUCAGCACUUUCCCAUGUAUUGAUACUGGUCCCACUUCACAGCUGGAGACACCGGAGUAUGUGCAGUGUGGGAUUUGACUCCUCCAAGGUUUUGUGGAAAGUUAAUGUCAAGGAAAGGAUGCACCACGGGCUUUUAAUUUUAAUCCUGGAGUCUCACUGUCUACUGGCAAAGAUAGAGAAUGCCCUCAGCUCUUAGCUGGUCUAAGAAUGACGAUGCCUUCAAAAUGCUGCUUCCCCUUAGGGCUUCUCCUCUGCUAGGCUACCCUCCUCUAGAAGGCUGAGUACCAUGGGCUACAGUGUCUGGCCUCGGGAAGAAGUGAUUCUGUCCCUCCAAAGAAAUAGGGCAUGGCUUGCCUUUGUGGCCCUGGCAUCCAAAUGGCUGCUUUUGUCUCCCUUACCUCGUGAAGAGGGGAAGUCUCUUCCUGCCUCCCAAGCAACUGAAGGGUGACUAAACUGGUGCCAAGACUCAGGGGAUCAGCUGGGAACUGGGCCAGCAGAGCAUGUUGGACACCCCCCACCAUGGUGGGCUUGUGGUGGCUGCUCCAUGAGGGUGGGGGUGAUAUUACUAGAUCACUUGUCCUCUUGCCAGCUCAUUUGUUAAUAAAAUACUGAAAACACUCUUA